GGUCACGGCCAACUAGACGCCAAAUUGUCGCUUCGUUACACGAGAGAUAAAACGAAAAUCGGCAGCAAACAUUGCGAUUAAGCAGACACGCAGAUGCCCAAAAGCAUAAAUAAUACAUUUUUGUUUUUGUUUCUGUUUUUGUGACACACUUUGUAGUAACAAAGCGUGAUUCAAUUGCUGACACACAGAGACACGCACACAGUUUCAAUCUCAAUCUCAGCCAAAUCUUGGCCAUUGAUGAUAAAUUCGCAGCGCUAUAAAAACUAUUGUCGCAGUCGCUAGUCUAGCCAUUGUCUACUCAGCACUCAGCAAGCAGCACACAGCAGCAAGGAUAUAUACGAUAAUGGAACGGAGCACGGGUAUUUUGGGCAUUGUCUUGACGGCGCUGUUGGCCUGCUCGCCCAGCCUGGCCGUUGUCCAUGGCAUACAGCCGCUGAGCGCUCAGCUCGCAGCCAGCCCUGACCAUGGCAAUGGCUAUCGCUAUAAUGGACCUGCGCACAAAUACUUGCCAGCUGCCAGCGAGCUAACCACUGAGGCCGUCACCACCACCGGCCAUUGGCAGCCCAAUCCUGUGCAGCAGCCCGCGCAGCAGCUGCCCUUCGAGCACACCUUCGGCAGCGGCAGCGACAGCAACAGCCACAGCCACAGCAACAGCAUUUCGGACUACACUGGACCCUAUCGCAUGGAAUACUAUGAACGGGCACCCAUCGAACAGCAGCAAUUGAAUAUGAAUAAUUUUCAAUAUGCCGCCGAUAAUUCAGGUGCUGCUGCUGCUGCAGCAGCUGGUCAGUUUGGUCAAGCUGUUGGUCUAUCUGCUGGCGCACAGCAUGAUCGCCGCAUGGAGUCUGGUCAGCGAGGUGCUCAGCUAGUUGGCCAGGCGUUGCCCGAGCGCUACCAGCGACAACCUUUCGCGCAGCCCUCGCCCAGCUAUCUGCAAAUGCAAUCGCAUUCGUACGAGCUGCCGCCCAGCUAUAGCAUGCACAGCGAGUGGUACGAGCCGCAGACGAAGCCGCAGCAAAUGUUCCAAGCUAACUACUAUGGACAGCAGCAGCAGCAGCAACAGUUGCUGCCACAGCAACAGCAGCAGCAGCAGCAACAGUUGCUGCCACAGCAACACCAGCAGCAGCAGCAGCAGCAACAGUUGCUGCCACAGCAACACCAGCAACAGCAGCAGCAGCAACAUUUCGACUACUCACAACAGCUGAGCUCUUUUCAUGACCACGCCCACACACAAAACGCCUUUAUCACGCAGCCAAGUCGCGAGUUUCAGGCGCCCUACUACUAAGUAUUAUCCUCUAAUCCUACGCCCCACUUCCUGCUCCCCAAUCCCCACUCCGCCCAGCU